AUGUAUACUGGCAAGUUUGAAAUCGUGGGAUUGGCGCAGUCAUGGCAUGGUAUGAGUGGCGCUGCUCAGGGUGCUCAGUAUCAAGGUGGCCGUCGAGGGCAGGGGCCUUCUGUACCCGGACAAUUCAUGCUGCCUCAACCAAAUAGUUACCGCUCGAUAUUUCGACACAAGGAUGGUAGCUACGAUUGGAAAACCGAACUGGAUUAUGGAUGGAGUCUGAUAGAUCAAGCAUCGAACGGGUCUAUAGCUGCCUGCCUGGUCGAGUGUAUCCAGGGCGAUGGAGGAAUUCAUGUCUUGCCGCCUGGUUACCUCGCAGCUCUGAAACGUCAUUGCGAACAACGAAGAGCUCUUUUGAUCGUUGACGAAGCUCAAACUGGCCUAGGCAGGACCGGUAAGCUAUUCGGCAUUGACCAUGAGGACAUCGUGCCGGAUAUACUUACUCUGAGUAAACCGCUAGGAAACGGGCUUCCAGUCAGUGCGGCUAUCACGAGCCAAGAGAUUGAUCGAGUUGCCAACGAGAGGGGGUUUUUGUUCUUCACCACCCAUGCAAAUGAUCCUCUAGUUACCGCGGUAGGUGGAAAGGUUCUCGAGAUUGUGACGAGAAAAGGCACUUUGGAGGCUGUGACGGCUCGAAGUCAGCAACUACUCGCUGGACUUCGUCAUCUGCAAGAGAGAUAUGGCUGCAUCGGCGACGUUCGCGGUCGAGGCUUGAUGGCUGGCAUCGAAAUUGUAUCUGAUCGUGAUGGUAAAGAACCUGCAGUCGAGUUAGCCGGAGAGCUAUCCAGGAACAUGGUGAAACGAGGUCUCUGGAGUCAGCUACAAGAUGGCAAAGUCUUCAGGAUUGGACCACCGAUCAACAGUACUGAUGAGGAGAUUCAGUCCGGCUUGAAGAUCCUGGAGGAUGUGUUCAGACACACGGCGAACACUCAUGCUCUGACGAAUGGUGAACAAAGUAAUGGUUUAUCUUGA